AUGCUGGUGGACGGAGCGGUGAAAAGGGACGACCGUGCGUCCAAUCCACCGCUAGGACAGCCUCUUCCAUUAGGAGGCGUCUAUUUCAAUACAAAACCAGUUCCGACAGUGGCACCAGCAGCGCGGGUGCUGGUAACGCUGCAAGCACUGGGCCUGGGCGUGCCUGUUUCGCCAAAGCCACCCACAGUGAAAGAAACACACCAGGUGUAUCUUGAAUACGACAGAAUCACACGGCGACGCGUGCUCAACACUUACGAAAUCCUUCUGGAGAUUGGACGCGGGGAACAUGGGAAGGUUAAGCUUGCCAAGGAUCUCGCACUGAAUCAAUUGGUGGCCAUCAAGAUAAUCCUGCGGAAGUCGAAACGACAUCUGUUCCAUGGGUAUCUGUACUACGGUGAGUUACUGAGACUGAUGCUGCCUCAAGAACGCAAGGUACGGCGCGAGAUUAGUAUAAUGAAGCGUUGCCAUCACCCCCACAUCGUUCAAUUGCGAGAGGUUUUGGAUGACGACAGCGCGCUGAAAAUAUAUUUGGUGCUCGAGUACCUUGAGAAGGGUGAAAUUAAGUGGAAACGCUCAAAUCAUGAAUGUUCCGCUGCUUCUAACAAUGGCAUUGUCACUGUGGUCAAUGGAGUAGCGCAACCGGCGCCUAGUCAACCAGACCCCCAAGAACUUCCCUGCACUCGCGAAUCGGAAAUAGACUUGCCUUCAGAUGAAUAUGCGCCUAAUUUACUGUUCGCUCAACUGAGGCGCGCCCUUCGUCAUGUCGUGCUUGGACUCGAAUACCUUCAUGCCCAAGGCAUUGUUCAUCGGGAUAUCAAACCGGCCAAUCUUUUGGUAAGUGCCACGAAUUGUGUCAAAAUUCUGGAUUUCGGAGUGUCACUGCUCAUUGCUAGCGACGGGAAAGUUGACUUGACAAAAACCGCUGGUACCCCAGCUUUUUUUGCCCCAGAAUUAUGUCAAGAUCAAGAUCUGACAUACUCCAUAACACACAAAAUUGAUAUUUGGGCUUUAGGAGUCACCCUAUAUUGCUUGCUUUUUGGUAAGGUGCCAUUCAAUGCCCCAACUGAAUGGGAAUUGUUUGACGUAAUUUGUCAUCAAUCUAUUCCAUUCCCAGAAUAUUCAGAGCUCAUCCAAGUAGCUCCUAUCUCAAAAACCGAAUAUGAUGACGCUCAGGACCUACUUCGAAAAUUGCUUGAUAAAAACCCGAACACGCGCAUUGACAUUCCUGCAAUCAAGCACCAUCCAUUCACUCUCAUGGGUUGUGAAGAUGUGGAGCUGUUUUUAGACUCCAAACUGCUGUGGUCACCUCUCCCUGCUCCAGCUGGCGAACCUGUGGGCGUUGGGGCAACUUUGGGUCAAGGUGCUAUGAUUCUCUCUGAGCUGGUCAACACCACCCUGACACCAACACCAUCUGGGUCUUUUGCCGGCAAGAGACCAAGUACGCAUGAAGCGUUGUUGACACGAACUCGCCUGGGGGAUCUGGCGCUGAGGCGUGGUCUGGUAGAGGCGUGCCAAAUUGAGACUAUGCGUCACGCUAGAGGUGAUGUAUAUUUACUGAGCACCCCAGUUUUGGCAACCAUCAAAGGUAUUCAGGAGCAGGAUGACAAGCGGCGGCGGCUGUCGAUCUUUUCAAAUAGUCGCAUGGGUACUCCAUUUGAGCCAGGAACCGCUGCAUCUUCGAAACGGUCACUAUCAGCUCUGCUGUCACAGGCUUCACCUGUUCCAAGCCGCCAACCGAGCUACACAGGGAAUGUAGCUGCACCUAUUGCUGUUCCUGGCAGACCCCGUCUGCGUCCUCCUCUGGCACAGUUCAUUGGUGAGGGCGCAAACAUUGUCGGCAUGGGCCACUCCCUUGUUGCAAAUCAUUGGGCUGCAGGUGGUAACAACGCAUUUGUUGCACCAACUAGUAAUGCCCCUGGUGGAAGUCAAGGGCCUAUGGCAACGACGACGGCACUGGCACUGCUGGUACUACUGUUACCAUUACUGGAGCUGUUUGCUCUGCUUGACUCCUUUGAUGAAGCAGCAAUUGAUAACUUCCUCUCGCAAUGCCUGCUGGACAACCUGGGCGUUUUGCCUAUACCCCAAUCACGGCUGGCGCUGACAUCUGGCAUCACGGAGAAAUUGAAAACGUUCAACUUGCACAUGGGACAGAAGAAGCGGCAACUGGAUCGUGGAGUGGGUCCAAGGAAUGAAGGCGAAGGCUUAGCGUUGCUGGAUUGCGAUCUGUCACUGUGUCUGAGUAGUCUGGAAAGCGAUGACGACAAUGCCAAUUUGCUGUUUCUGUUCUCAUCAAAAUUGGCACCACAACUGAGACUGCAACUGGUACGACCCCCUAAUGCUGCACCCCCGACACAACUGCUGCUUCGGCCGGCUUUUCUUAAUCACAACCGUCGACUGGCACUGCACGACACUCACGUAGGUACGCGAGCUGGUAACGGUAUGCUGGUGGUAAUGAUUCAUGAUACUCAUCUGCCAGCGCCUGAACUCGCAGAUGUUCCAGCGGGGUUGUUUGGGCAGGGGUUAUCGGCAGGCCUGGCAUCUCUGGCACUGCUGAUGCCUCAAGCUGUUCCUGUGAAGCAAUCACAGAGUGAAGCAUUGCCACAACUUAUUUAUUCAAUGCCGUCUCUGCCUCUGGCUCUGACAGGGCGCAUGCCUCAUGUGCGCCAGCUGUUGAUCCCGGGACCUCGUUCGCCUUUAGUGAAGCACGUCACCACAUUUGAUGACGCAAGGUCACGGCUGAACCUGAUUUCGUUGGCAAUGUUAGACCGGCAACAUGGUACAUAG